AUGAACGUCUCCGAUGCAGCAACGAUAUGUCGCCUGAUGCAGAGCUCUCGCGAACUCUACCACCAUGGUCCCAAGCUGCUCAUCCCAUCACUCCUCUUUCUCCAGCGCGACUCCCACCUCGAGUCGUUCAUGGCCUUUCUAGCUGCCGAGGCACCGUAUCGCUUCAAAUUUGUCAAAAGAAUCUACAUCACGAUCUCCUACCCCUCUCUUCGUGUCGCCGCGCUUCUUGCCGUUUUUCUUGUUCGGUUUGGUCCUGUGCUUCAGCUGCAACUUCUUGGCCUGGAAGACGCUGAAAGCUUCCUUGGGGUGCACCCCGCGCUCGCGGAUGCAUUCGCGAAUCUUGAAAAGGUGGAGAGGUUCGAGAUGGGCGACGUGGGGCCCGCUACCACUGCAAUGCUCGAGCACUCCAAAUCCGCAUUAAAUGAGGUGACUCUCCUCCUUGAUCGCCCUCCCACUGAAGUCCAUGCUCCGGAAGGUGAACAGGGCGUCCAUGACGUAGAGGGCGGCGGCGAAGAAGAAGACCAGGGCGACGAGGAGAUCUCCGAGUUGUGUUGCAGCCCAAUCUUCUUUCUGCACAAAUCCCGGGACACACUACGCUCUCUCUGCGUUAGCCGGCCUAUUACCACCCCAUUCCAUGUUCUGUCCACAAUCCAAUACCCACGCCUCACCACCCUGCAUCUUGGCAAUAACGAAGUCCCUCGCACCUACUAUUACGCUCACGCGUUCCCCAACCUCAGCACGCUUACGGUCUGUACCGCCAAAGACACCCUUGCGGGGCUCGUGCAGUCGGAAGAGGCGAUGCUCGAUCACCAUAAUCUGAACGUCGCGCUGCAAGUUGAACACGGGACGUGGACAACACUCGAGAGCGCCAGCGGAAUGCUCAUCGACUUCGUCCUCCUGGCACUGACCUGCCCACCCGCGUACCUGCACCUCGACUUCUUUGACGUUGGGUUGUUCGCGCCCGGAAUCUUUGCGCAAGCAAUGAGCGGCCCGACCGUCGCGAGCCUCCGAAGCCUCGAGACUUCACUCGUCCUAGGGAUGGCUCUGGAUCGCGACAAGAUCGAUAUGGCACACGCGCUGGUCAGUCUCACGUUCACUCUGACACGCUCGUGCGCGGGAUUGCCGUUCUGUCCAUCCGCGCCUAAGUUCUGCCUCACCAUCGGCUGUGCGGUGUUGGCUCUCCUGGACAUGACCAAGGGAGGGGUGGACCCGCGCGACCCCUACUUCGCCAUCAAGCAGCACAUCAUCCUCUUCACCCCCCGCCAGCCAUGCGCAGCCGAGAAGUACAUCGCAGCGCUCGACCUCGACGCGCUCGCCCGUCGCAUGCAGGCGGCGGGGUCCGACCUCGAGACUGUCGUCAUCACGCUCCAAGGACACCGCUCGCGGGCGGACGCCAGGGUCGUGGUCGGGGCGGUCACGGCGCUCGCGCGGGGCGAGGACGCGGUGGAGGUCAUCCCGCUCCGGGCGCCCGGGGCGGUCAAGUCUCCGUUUUGGUCGUGGUCGAAGGGAGCGGUGGUGUUGAAGGAGAAGAGGGAGGCAGAGCAGUUGAGGUCGUUAGACCGUGCUAGGGAUUCCGGGUAA